UCGAACAAGAGACAGUCUGGAGACGGCAGUCCGCUACAAAGGAGCAAGUAUGUCUUUGCACAGACUGAUGGUGUAUUUGUCGACUGCAUGCUUGUUUUGCGUCAUGGUAGGAGUCAAUGUCGCGCUCUUUGUCAUGCGUUUUAUCUCACCGAGUUUCACCAAGAAGAUAAUCCUCAAAAUGGGUGAAAAGACCACGAUGACCCAGAAUCCCAAAUUCAAGUAUGAAGAUUGGGGUUUGACGUUUGCCAGCACUAAUUUCUUGAAAACCGCCGGCCAACACAUGUGGAAGUCUCUCGGACAAGAUGCCUUCGUGGGGCUCGAAGCUCCGGACACACCUGUGGUGAACAUGGAUGGGACGAAAACGAGCAUCUGCAAGUACUUGAAAGACAACAGGCCGCUGGUGUUGAGUUUUGGAAGCUGCACCUGACCCCCGUUCAUCUUCAAACUUGAGGAGUUCAAGCAACUCGUCAAGGACUUCAGGGAUGUAGCGGACUUUGUUGUGGUCUACACAGCCGAGGCGCAUUCAACAGAUGGUUGGGCCUUCACCAACAACUUUGACAUCAACCAGCACCAGAACCUGGAGGACAGGCUGUCCGCAGCGCAGAUCUUGGUUCAGCAGGAGCCCCUGUGUCCGGUUGUCGUGGACGACAUGAGCGACGUGUCCGCCAUAAAGUAUGGCGCCCUGCCCGAGAGGCUUUACGUGCUGCAGGCCGGGAAAGUUGUCUACAAGGGGGGCGUGGGGCCUUGGGGUUACGAUCCGAUGGAGGUGCGUUCGUUCCUGGAGAAGAUGAAAUAAGGUUGUUCGAGUAUUUGCCACCCGAACAGACUUUUUGUAGGGGGGGUCUCUGUUCAGCAGGGGAAGGGGGUGUCAACGUCAUAAUCAACAUAUAGUCUCAUAUAGCACAAUACCAUACAGUUGUUUUGUUUAAAACAAGACUCAAAUCAAUUAACUGCUGUAGUUUUAUAGCUGUAGGAAUAUUAUUCAAACUUGCACUAAUAUUGCUUUUAGGCUGUGCGGUUCUGGAGGGGGGAAAACAUACUCCUACUGUCAAUCUCUGAGCUUGAACUCUCCUCUGUGUUUCUUAGUGACGGCUGCAGAAUAAACCGUUGGCCUCUGUCGCCAGAUGAAGUGAAACACGGAGAGACAGUCGGGUGAAGGCAUUGCAAAAAUGUACAGAAGUUGUUUUAAAAAAAAAAUUAUUCUAAAUUUUAAAAGACUUUCUGAUUUUUAAGUCAAUGAAAGCGCCUGUUUUCCACUUCUCUUGCAGGUUCAGUCCUUAAGUUUCUCAUUAGCGUUGUAAACCGUUUUUAUUUACUACCGUUUUAUCGUCAAUAAAUGCUCCACGGUAAUUUCACAGGAGGAUGUUUUUUUAUAUGAUGAUUACAGUGCAAACCUCUGGUAACUGUAAUCUGAUGGAUUACUUGAAAAACAGCCAUCUCUGGAUUUUAUAGAUGGGAGCAUUUAUAUGAUGAGACAUGUAAUGUUUGCAUUUUAUAGUGCAAUAAAGAACAAUCUGGAAGAAGA